CCAGUCAACACAGGCUGCUGCACACUUCCUACAAGAGCCCAACCCAACAAUCCCCAACCAAAAUCUGUGAAAAAACCAUGGCGGAGUACGGCGGCGAGAAUCUGGAAGUGGAUCCAAGAAGCGGUUUCUGUAAGUCUACAAAAAUCUUCAACAGCAAACGCCGCCCAAUCCCACUUCCCCCUAACCAAUCCCUCGAUGCCACGACGUUCAUCUCUUCCCGUCCUCACAACGGCAAAAUCGCCCUCAUCGACGCCUCCACCGGCCAUCACAUAACCUACUCCGAUCUCUGGAACGCCGUCCACUCCGUCGCCUCUUCCCUUUCCGACAUGGGCAUCAGAAAAGGCCACGUCAUCCUCCUCCUUUCCCCAAAUUCUAUCCACUUCCCCAUUAUUUGCCUCGCCGUCAUGUCCAUCGGCGCCAUCAUCACCACCACAAAUCCCCUCAAUACUCCCCAAGAAAUCUCCAAGCAAAUAUCAGAUUCCAAACCGAUUUUAGCCUUCACUACUCAAGCAUUAAUCCCCAAAAUCGCCACUUCCAAAUUACCAGUCGUCGUAAUCGAUGGGCAGAUUCCGAAAUCCCAAGCGAAAAUCGUGUCGACAUUGAGCGAAAUGAUGAGGAAAAAACCAAGUGGGAGUCAAAUCAAGGAACGCGUGGAGCAAAACGACACAGCGACUCUGCUUUAUUCCUCUGGAACGACAGGCGCGAGCAAAGGCGUGGUGUCGUCUCACAAGAAUCUAAUCGCCAUGGUUCAAGUGGUUGUAACCAGGUUCAAAUUAAGCGAAGGGGAAGGGACUUUUAUCUGUACGGUCCCGAUGUUUCAUAUUUACGGCCUUGUAGCGUUCGCUACGGGGCUGCUUUCCUCAGGAUCGACUAUCGUCGUAUUGUCGAAAUUUGAGAUUCAUGAAAUGUUAUCAGCGAUUGAGAAGUACAAGGCUACGUAUUUGCCUCUCGUGCCGCCGAUUUUGGUGGCGCUGGUGAACGCCGCCGAGCAAAUAAAAGGAAAGUACGAUCUGGGGUCGUUACACACGGCACUUUCCGGCGGAGCGCCGCUGGGGAAGGAGGUGAUUGAGGGUUUUGUUGAGAAAUUUCCGAAUGUUGCGAUUCUUCAGGGUUAUGGAUUGACGGAGUCCACCGGAAUUGGGGCGUCUACUGAUUCUUUGGAGGAGAGUCGUCGGUACGGCACGGCGGGGCUUCUGUCGCCGAGUACUGAAGGGAUGAUUGUUGACCCGGAAACCGGUGAGGCUCUUCCUGUGAACCGAACCGGAGAGCUUUGGCUUAGAGGCCCCACCGUCAUGAAAGGGUAUUUUGGUAACGUGGAAGCAACAAGUUCAACCCUUGAUUCAGCGGGAUGGUUGAGAACCGGUGAUCUGUGUUAUAUUGACGAAGAUGGUUUUAUUUUUGUGGUUGAUAGGCUUAAGGAACUCAUCAAAUAUAAGGGUUAUCAGGUGCCACCAGCAGAAUUAGAGGCAUUGUUGCUUACUCAUCCUAAUAUCUCUGAUGCUGCUGUGAUACCAUAUCCGGACAAGGAUGUUGGACAAUUUCCUAUGGCUUAUGUGGUAAGAAAGGUUGGAAGUGACAUUUCGCACAACGACGUUAUGCAAUUUGUAGCAAAACAGGUGGCACCCUACAAGAGAAUUCGACGGGUGGCGUUUGUGGAUUCCAUUCCCAAGAAUCCAUCUGGUAAAAUACUGAGAAAGGAUCUUAUAAAGCUCGCAACCUCCAAACUCUAAAUUAAAUGGUCUUCCUAUAAUUUGAAUCAUCAUACGUCGAUUCAGUUUAGUCCGUGUAUACAAAGUAGCGUUGAUUGUAACGAUGUCGUUUUGAUACACAAUUAUCAUUUUUUUCCUUUUUAAAUAUUUAAUGUUGGUAUGUAUAAAGUUGCAUUGACAAUAAAACAUAAUGGAAAACAAAUUUCAAUUA